AGUUUGUUAAAAAGUAGAGAAUUGAAGUAGAGAAGGAGAUAACGUUCUUGUUUACCCAUAGCAUAAACAAAAAAAAAUAACGUAUCACCAAACCUCACAUUUACUAUAAAAAUAAGUUGUGAACAGAUUUGUCAAGUCAAAGUGAAUCAGCUAUAACGACUAGAAAUAAUAUAACGAAGUCAAAACGUUGUGAAUAUGGCCAGUAGUGAUUUUAGUUUAAGUUGUUUUUUAUCAAAUGCAUUUUAUGAAAUAAUAGGAAGUCCACUAAAUAUCGGACUUGUUUCGUUAAUAGCUUUUCUUGUUUAUAAAAUAUUUAAGAAUAAAACGAAUGAGUUAAAUGUACUUCCGGUAGAACCACAUCUUCCUAAACUUAAACGAAGAGAUUUUACUAUAGAAGAGCUAAAGCAAUUUGACGGCACACAAGAAUCUGGACGUGUUUUGAUUGCAGUGCUUGGAAAUGUUUAUGACGUUACUAGAGGAAAACGUUUUUAUGGACCAGGAGGGCCUUAUGCAGCCUUCGCUGGUCGUGAUGCAUCAAGAGGCCUUGCAACUUUUUCAGUAACAUGCAAAACAGAUGAAUAUGAUGAUUUAAGUGAUUUGGGAGCAAUGGAAAUGGAUUCUGUUAAAGAAUGGGAGGCACAAUUCAGAGAAAAGUACGAUUUUGUGGGUCGCCUUUUAAAGCCUGGCGAAGAACCUAGAAGUUAUUCGGACGAAGAAGAUGACGAGGAAACAGGGGGAGAAGGAGGUGGCGAGAAAGUGAAAAGUCAAUAAGUACUGUAAAUAUAAGAAUUUAAUGCAUUCAAAACCCUGUAAUAUGGUAAUUAAGGCUGCUUAUACUUAUAAUUUUAAAUAAUUGUAUUGUAUAGAUAUUGUACCUCUACAAAUCUUUUUUUAAACUAAAUCUACAGAAAUGGAUUUCAUCCUAAAUGCAUUUAUCAGAAUUACUAUAAUUAAAUUGUAAAAAUAUUAUUUUAAGGUGCACUUGAGUGAGUUUGAAGCAAAAUUAAGAAUUAUGGCAUAAAACUGAUUACUUAAAGCCGUUAAUGAAUGUUAUUUUUCAAUGUCUAUAUAUUUACACCGCUUUCUUCAACUUAUUAUUCUUAUUUGUACUUAAGGUUAAUGGUUUGGUGUAAAAAAUUGAUGUUUUUUCCCAAUAAAAACGGUUUAUUAGGUCUGAU